AUGAACGCCAGCGAUCCUGCCGAGGUGGCUGAGCUUGCCAAAGCCAGGGCAAUCUCCCAUGAUAUCGGUAUCGAAGAGAAAAUCCCAACUGUUGACAGCUCCAAAGAAAUCGAAGGGAAAAUCCUAGCUGGUCAAUCCAGGGGAAUGAACGAGAAAAUCCCAGUGGUUGAUGAGAUGACUAUCGACAAUGCCCCUCCCCUACGAGAUUCAUCAUUCGAUGUUGAUGAUUCUAUGGAUAAGACCUAUCCCAACGAGGCUGAUCUGGCCAAUUUGCGCCGUGUCGCCGGCAAGCUGCCCAUAGCAGCAUACAGUGUUGCCUUCGUCGAACUGUGCGAGCGUUUCUCGUACUACGGUACCACUGCUGUUUUCGUCAAUUUUAUUCAGCGACCUUUGCCUACUGGAUCCAGCACCGGAGCCCUUGUUGCAGGCAUCUCUGACUGGAACAAUGAUUCACCCGGAGCUCUGGGUAUGGGCCAACAGGCCUCCACCGGUUUGACACUUUUCAACCAGUUCUGGUCCUACGUCAUGCCCCUGUUCGGUGCCUUGGUUGCUGAUCAAUAUUGGGGUCGCUACCGCACCAUCAUGUCUGCCAUUGCCUGUGCACUGCUUGGACACGUCAUUCUCAUUAUUUCCGCCAUUCCCAACGUUAUUAACAAUCCCCAUGGAGCCAUUGGAUGCUUCUCUGUUGGUCUUAUCAUCAUGGGUAUUGGAACUGGUGGUUUCAAGGCCAACAUCGCUCCCCUGAUCGCAGAACAAUAUCGCGACGACAAGCCCUACAUAAGGACCCUUGAGAGUGGUGAGCGUGUCAUUGUUGACCCAGCUGCCACUGUUUCUCGUAUCUACAUGUACUUCUACAUGAUGGUCAACAUCGGCUCAUUUGUUGGUCAGAUCGCCAUGGUCUACGCCGAGCGAUAUGUCGGUUUCUGGCUGUCGUACCUUCUCCCCACAGGCCUGUUCUGUAUUUGCCCUCUGGUAUUGCUCCUUUGCAAGAAGCAAUACAUCCUGACUCCCCCAAGUGGAUCAAUCUACCCCAAGGCUUUCAAGCUAUGGAAAUUGGCGAUGAAGGGCCACUGGAGUCUGAACCCCGUGAGAUGGUUCCGGUCCUCUAAUACUGAUAUUUGGGCCAAUGUUAAGCCCAGCCACCUCGGAGCCAGCAAGCCCGUGUGGAUGGACUUCGAUGAUGCGUGGGUUGAUGAAGUUCGACGAGGACUGAUGGCCUGCAGAGUCUUUUUGUGGUACCCUCUCUACUGGCUCGCCUACAACCAGAUGUUGAACAACCUCACAUCUCAAGCGGCCACCAUGAAACUGGGAGGUGUCCCCAACGACAUCAUCAACAAUCUCAACCCCAUCGCACUGAUCAUUUUCAUCCCCAUCUUCGAUCAGCUCGUUUACCCCGGUUUGCGUAAGAUGGGUUUCAACUUCACACCCUUGAAGCGUAUCACAUCCGGUUUCGUUGUGGCUGCCCUCGGUAUGGUCGUCGCCGCAGUCACCCAACAUUAUAUUUACAAGAUGGGACCCUGCGGUAACCAGGCCAACUACUGUCUCGAGGAGGAACACAAGCACAGCAACAUCUCCGUUUGGGUCCAGGCCCUGGCCUACAUCCUGGGUGGUAUUUCCGAGAUCUUGGCAUCCGUGACUUCCCUUGAGUAUGCCUACACCAAGGCCCCGAAGAACAUGCGUUCCCUCGUGCAGGCUGUGUCCCUGCUGAUGAACGCUUUCUCAUCUGCCAUUGGUCAGGCUUUCAUUGGUCUGGCUGAUGAUCCUCUCUUGGUCUGGAACUACACUGUGGUUGCUAUUCUCGCCUUCGUCGGCGCUAUUGGAUUCUGGGCCACCAACUACAAGUUGGACGGCCAGGAGGAUGCUAUGAACAUGUUGCCAGACAGCCACUUUGAACCCCAGCGUGCUGAAGAUGUGGAGCGCAAGUGA